GUGUAUUUGGGCUGGGACUUCCGGCGUCUCCCGGGCGGUCAUUUUGGGUGGGCCUCCUGUCUCCUCUUGUCCAGAAUUCAGUUCCCCAGCCAGCCUUCAGGUGGCAGGCGUUGAGAAGCAGUGACACACUGGGGCUCGAGCGCUGGGCGUGGUAGCCCUCGGUCAGUCGUGCCCGCCCUGGGAGCUUCUGAGUAGAUGGAGGCAGCUGCGCUGGACAGCCCAGCCCAGGUUAGUGUCGCUUUUGAAGAUGUGGCUGUGUAUUUCUCUUGGGAGGAGUGGGAUCUUCUUGAUGAGGCCCAGAGGCACCUGUACCUUGAGGUGAUGCUGGAGAACUUGGCACUAAUGUCUUCUCUGGGUUGUUCAUGUAGAGUGGAAGAUGAGGUGGUACCUUCUGAGUUGGGUCUUUCUGUGGACUUGUCAAGGGUCAUGACUCCAAAAGAAGGGUUAUCUUCCCAGAAUGCCUAUGCUUAUGAAAUUUGUGGCCUGGUUUUGAGAGAGAUGCUGCACUUGCCUCAGCACCAUGAAACACAUUGUGGGAAAAAUCCAUACAGGUGUGGGAAGCAGUUCUACUUUGUUGAUAAUCUUCCCCAGCACCAAAGGCAGCCCCUUAAAGAGAUACCCUUUCGAAGCUUUGUGGACAGACACUCAUUUAUAAAGAGCUGCAUGGUCCAUGUGUCAGGGAAGCCUUUUAUUUGCAAAGGAGUUGAGAAGGAUUUCCUGGCCCGCAUGAGAUUUUCCUAUCCACAAAGGAUUCACACAGGGAAGAAACCAAGUAACUACCAGAUGGCCUUUCCCAGUGGGAAAAGUCAUCAUAACUCAGGAAAAUGCAAAAAAACCUUCAGUGACACAAACACAUUGGUGCAGGACCAGGGCAUCCUCACCAGGAAAAGGCUUUUUGAGUGCAGCAAGUGUGGGAAAGUCUGUACACGAAGAUGUAAUCUGAUUCAGCACCAGAAAAUCUACAAUGAAGACAGGCCUUACGAAUGCAUUGAGUGUGGAAAAUUCUUUACCUACUAUUCCAGCUUCAUUAUCCAUCAGAGAGUUCACACUGGAGAAAGGCCUUAUGAGUGUGAUGAAUGUGGGAAAUCUUUCCAUGAUAUCUACAGCCUCAACAGCCAUAGGAAAAUUCACAUUGAAGAAAGACCUUAUGAGUGUGGGGAAUGUGGUAAAUUUUUUAGCCAAAGAUCCAACCUCAUUCUACAUCAGAGAGUUCACACUGGAGAAGAACCUUAUGAAUGCAGUGAAUGUGGGAAAUCUUUUAGCCAGAACUUCAGCCUUGUAUACCAUCAGAGAGUACACACUGGAGAAAGGCCUCAUGAGUGCAAUGAAUGUGGGAAAUCCUUUAGCCGAACUUCCAGCCUCAUUCACCACCGAAGACUUCAUACUGGAGAGAGGCCUUAUGAGUGUAGUAAGUGUGGGAAAUCUUUUAAGCAAGGAUCCAGCUUCAGUUCCCAUCGGAAAGUCCACACAGGGGAAAGGCCUUAUGUGUGUGAAGAAUGUGGGAAAACUUUUAGUCAUAGUUCUAACCUUAGGAACCAUGAGAGAGUUCACACUGGGGAAAGGCCUAUUAAGUGCAAAGAAUGUGAAAAAUCCUUUAGCUGCAAAUCUAACCUCAUUAAACACCUGAGAGUUCACACUGGAGAAAGGCCUUAUGAGUGCAGUGAAUGUGGGAAGUCCUUUAGCCAAAGUUCUAGCCUCAUUCAGCACCAGAGAAUUCACACUGGAAAAAGACCUUACCAAUGUAGUAAAUGUGGGAAAUCCUUCAGCUCCAAAUCUGUUCUCACUAAACACCAAAGAGUUCACACUGGAGAAAGACCUUAGCUGUGUAUGUGUUGUAGUCAGGGUUUGUGCAGAGAACAAUUAGAAUCAGGACAUGGAUUUUAUAUUAUUUUUAUGAUGGUCACUCAGAGUUAACAUAAGAAAAUGCAGGAAGUCUAUCCACAACACCACUGAUGUAUCCAAAUACAUAGGAUAUUCAAUCAAGGGCCUGAAUCCCACAGCAAUGUCCCACAUAGGUCCAGGUGGGACACAGAGCUCAUGACAAUGCCUCCCACGAGUCCAACUAGAGAUCUAGAGCCCACAAGAAGGACUCAUGCUAGUCUUAUGGAUCUGUGCGGGGAAGGCCCAAAGGUCAGUGAUGGAAACCAGAAAGUCCAUGCCAGCAGGGUGAAGGAGCUGUGCUGGUGGGUUGCGGCUUCUAACUGGAGCCGUGAAAUCAUACAACAAAGACCAGGGCUGUCCUGAAAGUCAGCCAUCUUCAGUGACACAGAGGCCCUGAGCUCUGACAAUAAACAGUCAAGUACUUGCCAGGAAGCCAAUGUGACAAGUUCAUCCUGGAGACCAAACAGCACAUGUCUUCCCCUCCAGAGCCAGGAAGCAAUGCUCAAUGGAAGGUCUAGAGCUUCUCCAGGAGAACCUAUCGAAUCAAAGAGCAACACGGAGGAGAACCCACAGUGCCUCAAAGCUUCAACGCAUUAAUGCCUUCCUUCUCCUUCUCCACAUCUCUGUUUAUGAUGGCAACUUUCCUCAGGUGAAACAUCUACACUCAGCACCAUGGUGAUGUAAUCCAGCUAGAAUUAAGUUGACCACCAAUUUUUAAUCCAUAACAGUAUGGACCACACCUUUCUUUCAUUAUUACACUGGUGCAAAGCACAUAAGAGAGAGCUGGCAAUCUGAAUUAAGCCCUCAAGAUGUGAAGGUGUCAUGGAGAAAAUCUUUUUUACUUCCAGGUCCAUAGAAGCUUAAAGCAGCUGUGUUUAACUUUCUAACCUGUGCAGACGUCUUGCCAUUUGUCAUGUUUUGAGGAAGAGAACAUAGGACUUCCACACCUGCAAAUCUAUACAGUGCAGCAGUCAUCACUCCAGCUUGUUCAGAGGAACUGGCCUGUACUUCCCUUUUACUGGAUGAAGUCAUGACGGAUCGGAAUUUUAAUUCCUGUUCUGCAAGUUAGGGCAAGAACCUGAUCCAGAUAAUACUAAAGAGCCAGUUAAGUAUGUUUGGGCAGUUUGUCAAGAAGAGCUCUUCUGACUGUGGAUUUCUUUCCAGCCUCUUUUUAUUUUUUUGGUACCAGGGAUCGAACUCGUGACCACACGCUUGAAAGGCAGGCACUUAUGCAGCUGAGCUAAAUCCCUGGCCCUUUUCCAGCCUCUUAAGUCACCAACCUGGAAACUACCUGCUUAUAUUAUUUUGAUUUUUGUAAUAAUAAAAUCUUCAUUAUUUAAGUUA